AUGAAAAAUGUCCCAAUUAGAGUCGAUGGCAGAUUCAGGCUGGGAGACAUGUUAGGAUCUGGCUCAUAUGGUGUUGUAUACCAUGCACGGAAUAUUAUUAACGAUGAUGAAUUUGCCGUCAAACUUGAGCCUCUUAUCAACAACUCAUCUUCCUUAGAAUACAAAUACAACACUUUAAAGCAACUUCAAGGUGGAGUUGGGAUCCCGUGCGCUCUCUCAUCUCUGGAGCAUAUCCACUCACAUAACUACGUUUAUGGUGAUAUCAAGCCUCAAAAUGUCUUAAUCGGUCGCGGCGCUUCCAAGAACAGCAUCUUUAUUGUUGAUUUUGGUGUUGCGAAGGAGUACUGGAGCUCUACAACCCAAGCCCAUAUGCCAUUUCGUCAAGUGUUUGCAUCAAUCAACAACCACCUGGGAGUCGUGCCUGGUCAUUGUGAUGAUCUCGAGUUGCUUGUAUACAUGCUGAUUUAUUUCAUCUGCGGCUCCCUUCCAUGGCUGACUAGUGACCAUGAGAAGCUCUCUAGCUCCUCCAUACUGGCAUGCAAGGUGGACACCACCAUUGAAGUUUUGUGCCUCGGAAUUCCUUCCGAGAUCACAACUAUGCUCAUUUACUCCCACAAUCUCGCAUUCUCAGAGGAUCCUGAUUACACUUAUCUUCAAUCUUUGCUCCAUGAUUCACAUGCUCACUGGACUUCAGCCAGUCUAAUGAUACCAUCAUACAUCCCCCUCCAUCCCUGCAAGGUCACUUGGUGGCCAAGGAGGCACCUUCAUGUCGAUCGAAGACAACGCCUCUUUGCAGAUUGA